AUGCAAAUUACACGACUUGUUGCUCGUCAUUUGGGUUUGGAGCAUUUUCGAGAGCUCGAACCAAAUGCAUCGAUUAAUGGGGUGACAAUAGUUGAACUAGAGGUUAGUGCUUUUAAAGUUUGCAAAAAAAUUCAGUGUUUUUUCAUAACCAAAAACCAAAAAAUCUGAUUUUUGGAAUAUCUGUCUAAAUACACAGAUAAUGCAAAUGAAAAAAUGGAAGAUCUUUUGUUGAUUUUGUAGUCGUCUGUCGACUUGAAUUUUAAUCUUAUUAGUUUUUCAAGAGAAAAAAAUGACAUCAUUUUUUUCAAAAUUGAUGACGUCAUGGUAAAUCAAUACUAAAGUUCUAUGAUUUAUGUUAAUACUUGAAUGUGUUAAUAUUGCAAGAGAAGUCUGAAAUAUAAUUUCAGAUUUUCAAGUUCUGAGAAGUUUUUUGAAAAAUAUAAUUUUAAAAAACCAAUGAAAAAUUGAAAACUUCAGGUUCCGACAGAAGAUCAAAACUAUCGAGUUCAACUCGUCAAAGAUUCUCAAUUUCUAAAUGUGAAACUGGAAGAAGGCGCUAAAUUGGUAUGUGCAUUGAAAAAUGAAAAAUUGAGCGGGCGUCGCGAAAAAGGACAAUUUAUUUGGUUUUUCAUCAAAAAAGACGAUUUCUUUGAAUGAAUCUAUAGGAUCACAUCAUUUUUUUGUCUGCUUUGUUUUUGUUUCGAAAACAAAGCAAAAAGAAGAAAAGGAAAAUGUGUCUAAAAAAGAAUAGUGGGUGAAUUGAAAGGUGCAUAUAGAAAAGAAUAAACAAUUGAGUUGGAAAAAUAGCGCAUCAAAAAGUUUUUUUUUUUUUUUGAAUAAUUUGAAAUGUCCCACUCAUUUUUAUAGGCUGCUUUCUACAAUUCUCGAUUUUGGCAUGAAGCUAUAAAUUCAUCAAAACAUUUGGCUGCUUCAAUUCCUUCUGCAAGAUUUUUCAAUGCGUUUCAAGUGUCGGAUGAAGGGCAGAAGUACUCAGUAUAUCUUACAAAAUACACAAGAGGAUACUCGAAAUUCUUAGACCUACAUGAUUUUGAAGAAAUUGCGAGAAUUGUUGCAAAAAUACAUGCGGUUCAAUCAGAUGCUUUGAAAGUGGAAUUUGAAAAUGCUGUGGAAGAAAAUUUCGGAAACAUCAAAGCAUAUCGAAGAAAGAUUCAAAAAGAACUUGUUCAAGUUUUAGAUCUUGCAGUAACUGCUGAAGAAACAUCGAAAUUCUUCAGAGCACCAAGUCGAGUUCUCGAAAAAGUUUCGAUUUUAAUCCAUCAUUUACACAGUAAUUCAGAAUCUUCUUCUGAAGAUGAUCAUUUACGUGUUAUUUGUCAUGGAAACUUGAAAUCCGAAAACAUACGAUUUAAUGAGAAUGGAAAAAUUGUCGAAAUUACUGAUUGGGAGAAUAUUCAUCUUGGAAAUCCUGCUGAAGAUCUAACAAAUCUGAUAAUUUCAUCUGGUGACACAGAACUUCAACGUCGAACAUACAUGAAAGUUUUUCAUCAAUAUUUCUACACUUUGGUGGAUAUUCGACCACCAAAAUAUCAACUUCCAGAUUUGAAACGAUGGUUCAGAGAAAAUCAUGCAAAAAUCGUUGUUGAUGGGUAAGCAACGUUUUCUUAUCGCGCAUAGAAAACUAUUAAAUGAGUCAUUUCAGAAUCGAGCAACUAUUGAUCAGAAUUUCCGACGAAGAUACUUCUAAUGAUACAAAAUUCACAGCUGCUCACAGUUGGGAACAAGCUCUUGAUAACGCCGUUGAUUACAUCACAGAUAAUUAUUUGAGCGAUGACGAACAAGUAUUUUUCUCCAACAAAUAA